AGAAGCCACCAGGCAAAUGACGACAAGUGUAAGCUGAAGCAGAAACGCAAAGCCGAGGAGGAUAAGCGAAACGCAAAGCUCAGGCGAACCGACUGUGAUCCGCACAGUUUUCCCGGUUUGCUGGCAUCCAGGCUCCCUCGCCCGGAUCUUAGGAUACCGUUGACUGACGCUGCGUACGGGCUGCAUCCACGUCCUGACGUUGUUGUGCCAGUCCCAGAACCUACACGCCCAGAACCUACACGCCCAGAAUCCGUUUUGGUGGUUACAGAACCGGAAGAAGAGGUUUUCGACCUUAGAGCCGAGUUAUGCAUAUUGUCCAGGACUCACGGCUUUACCAAUGCUGCGAUUUCCUCGUUGAUACAGAUCUUCAGGCAUCCUGCUCUGCAGCAAGGUCAAUUGGAGGGAUGGAACAGUUACAGGGACCUCGAGAAAUUCGAACAGGACUGCGAGGUGGGAGAGGAGAACGAAUGGCAUGUGGCGGAGAUCGAGAUCGAUCACGAAGUUGGCUUCCUGACCUUCAAGCACCGAAGCAUCGUCAAGGUUCUGCUGGCCAUGUUCAAGACGAUGUCGGCCGUCAGUGGUUUCGCGAUUGAACCCGAGGAGUGGGUGGUCGAUGGCGAACGCCGAUACAGCACCCCGCAGAACACAGAUUGGAUGCUCAUGGCAUGGGAGCGUGUGAAGAAGCUGGGCAUAGUACUGGCGAUCAUUCUGUUCUCCGAUCAAACCAACUUGUCGUACAACGGUCGCCAGUCAGCACAUCCCUUUGUGAUGUCCAUGGGGAACAUCCCGGAGUGGGCAAGGUGGCUCGAGGGUGGCACGGAGCUGGUUGGCCUCCUGCCGAACAUCCCUCCAGAUCUGAAGCCGGAAGAGAAGACACGCGCCUUCCAGCAAGCUGCAGACAUUUUCAUCGAGCCGUUGAGGCGGCUCUCAAAACUGAAAGGUGCCACCUUUUUCUGCAUCCCAUCCGCUCCCGUCCGUGUCCCCAUGGUCGUUCCAUCUGCUGCAGGGGCGGGUUGCGCUUGCAGAGCAGGGCAGUAGUCAAAGGGGCCCAGGGGGGCGGCGGGCUGUCAGGUGACCCAAAUCCGUCAGGUGACGGAUUCUGGCCGCCAAGCGAGACAUGUGCCUUGAGAUUUGGACCGACUGACAAAUGCUCGGAGGGUUGGGAGGGCUGCUCCGAAGCGUCAGCUGCAUGUGCGUCACCUCCCACAAUGCUAGCAGCUACAGCCGGCAGCAACCCAUGGCUGAGAGACAAGGACCGACACAUUCCCCUCCUGCUCCUCCCCCCUGCUGACGUCACCAUGCCACGUGGCAGGGUUCCUGUUCUUGCAUGAUCCUGGCUUCCAAUGCUGUUGUGCCGCGCGCCCGACUCAGCGGCACCCAAGCUGUUGUAUCGCACAGCCAACUCGUUACUGUCACCCUCCCGCAUUGUUGUCACAACGCCGCUGCUGCUCCACCCCUUGAGGCGCCUCCCCGCCCCCAACAGAUGCUUCCAGGAAGCACCCAACUUGGGGGGGCUGCUCUGAGCCAAAGUCGUUCGCUGCUGCCUUGACACCGGCCCUUGCCCCUGCGGCAACGGGUCUGCCGCAGGCCCUCCCCCUGCCUGGCCAACGCCGAUCUCAGAGCUCGGAGUGAUUUCAUCGCUCGUCUGUGAAAGCAAAUCGCCCCGUCUUGCGGACGUGUUC